ACUUUGGAAAAUUUUGUACCAGGGUAUUUACGAUGAAAUCCAACACGAGUGUUAUGCUGUUUGCAGUGUAUUUGUUCGGUGUUAUUGUUUCUUUGAAUAGUUUGCCCAUGGUACCAGGCGGCGGCGAGAUAUCAAGCACAUAUGACAACUCGUCAACAUGUAUAAGAAACUAUAUAACAAAUAUUUUGAAAUACAAGACACUAUCUAAAUUGUCCACAGCUGAAUUAUUCAUUUUAGAAGAUCCUAAUUUAUUGGAAAAAUUAGAUAGUUUUAAAGAUAAUAGUUUUAUAUCAGACUAUUCGAAAUUUCGAUUUGACCCUGAGUUUAUUGCACGGGUUACCGAGGCCUGGGACCAAGUUCGUCGUGGAUUAGAAGAAGGAAAUCCAGUCAAUGAUAAAGAAGCACAUGCUAUUUUACUCGAUAUAACGAAAAAGAAAAUAAAUGAGAAGAAAGACAAUAAUGAAUUAAAAACUUUAGAAUAUUAUGCAGUUGCCGACCAUGAACUAUAUCACCCCAUCGCUUUUUUCAUAGAAGACGUGAAAUAUUGUGUAUAAAACUAAUGUAUUGAUGAUUUGUAAAUUAUAAUACACUUGUUUUGUUU